AUGGCCGACGAGGAGAUCCUACUAGAUAAUCUCCAGCCUAUAGCUGGGACAUCAUGCGCAACAACCGCAGAGGUCAUCGAAUCCCAGAUUCGGAACGAGCCCAGCAAGGCCAACUUUUUCUCUAACUACCGAUUUGCGAGUGCGGCGCAGAUCUGUGUGCUGCUGCUGUCGGUAUGCUGUGCGAUAGUCGCCGGUGCGGCGAUGCCUCUGGUGUCGGUUGUUUUUGGGGAGCUGGCGAGUGAGUUUAUUAGUGAAGAUGGGCAGGCGUCGCGGGAUGUUCGGGAUAGGACUCGGUAUCUCACGUUAUUGCUGGUGUAUAUUGCAAUCGGAUCAUUUGUCACUACCAUGAUCAGCACCUGGGGUUUCAAUGUCGUCGGAGAGCACACUACCCGUCGUCUCCAGGCAAGGUAUCUCUCAUCCGUGCUGCGACAGAACAUGGCAUACUUUGACAUGGUCGGUACAGGCGAACUGAUGACCCAGGUGGACCAGGACAUGAAACUCAUCCAGGCGGGCAUCUCGCACAAAGUGGGCAAUCUGUUAUCCGGAGUAUCCGGGUUUGUAGUCGCCAUUAUCUGCGCAUUCGUCCAGAACGCACGUUUCGCAUCGAUCAUGAUAUCGCAGCCAUUAGCCCUAGUCGUCCUGGUAGGAAUCAUGGGGUCCUGGCUAAGCAGGACACAGCAGACGGGCAUGGCCCAGUGUGCUCAAGCAGAUAAUCUAGCCCACGAGAUUCUCAGCGCCAUGAGGAAUAUAAUUGCUUAUCGAAGCCAAAACAAGUACGCUAGGAAGUACCAUGACCGCUUACUACGCCGGACAGCCCUGGACUUUCGAGAGCGGCUGAUUUUCGGAGUGACGGUUGCUGGCUCGUUCUCAAUUCUGCAUUGGGCUAAUGGAUUAGGCUUCUGGCAGGCAGACCACCUCUUCCGCCAGGGGCACUGUACGAUCCCACAGGCUUUGACGGUGUUGUACGCAACGACUGUCGCAGGGAGCUUGCUAUGCCAAGCGUUGCCGUUUGUUGUUGAUAUCACCAAAGCCAACGGAGCAGCCAAGCGGGUGUUUACAGUCAUCGAGCGUAUCUCGCCAAUAGAUCCUAUGGCGGAUAGCGGGCGAAUAUGCAGUCCCGUUCGGGGAGAGAUUCGGUUUGAAGACGUCAGUUUUGCUUAUCCGUCGCGACCUGAACAAACUGUCUUGGAGGAGAUCAGCUUCCAUGUACCGGCCGGACACACUGUCGCCUUGAUUGGGCCGUCAGGGUCUGGAAAGUCAACGGUCUUUGCUCUUAUAGAGCGUUUAUACAACCCGCUUUGUGGAUCCAUCACAGUAGACGAUGAGCCGAUAGACGAGAUGAAUCUGUCAUGGUUACGGUCCGAGAUUGGAUACGUUGGUCAGGAUGUUACCCUGUUUCGUGCGACCUUAUUUGAGAAUAUCGCGUCUGGGCUUCCAAACGCUGCUGCUGAGGUAUCCUUGGCCAUGGGACUCAAUGCAUCUGCCGUCCAAACGCUAGUAGUGCAGGCUGCCCAAACAGCGCAAAUUGACUCCUUCAUCAUGAGCCUUCCUCAGAACUACGGCACUGUGGUAGAUGGGUCAAGUCUCUCCGGUGGGCAGAGGCAAAGGCUCGCAAUAGCCCGGGCAAUCAUAUCCCAGCCAUCGAUCUUACUUCUGGAUGAGGCUACUGCCGCGCUAGAUAGCGAAAGUGAGAAAGAAGUCCAGGAGGCUCUCGGCAAGGCCGCGGCUGGACGAACUAUGGUGGUGAUCGCCCAUCGACUUUCAACAGUCCAGAAUGCCGACACCAUUAUUGUUAUGCAAAGUGGACGCAUUCUAGAUCAAGGAUCUCAUGCGGAGUUAAUCAGCUCAUCUGUCAUGUACCAGGAGCUAGUCAAGCAGCAAGAACUUCGGCCAGAUGACGAAUGUCAGGAUCUUCCUUGCGCAGAGAGAAGCCUCGAAAGCGAGUUGGGGCCUAAGUCGGUUUAUACUGAACUCCCCAAGAGUAGCAGUAUAAACCAUAUUUGGCAUUUGAACAAGCCCGAACUGCCCAACGUCGUCGCAGGCACCAUUCUCAGUGUCCUUGCCGGAAUAACAUAUCCGGUUCAAGCGAUCUUCUUUGGCAACGGAAUCAUGUCAAUUGUCGACUCACGUCUCAGCACAGGUGGACAUAGCGUUCGCUUCUGGGCCCGAAUGUACCUUAUCCACGGCAUUAUCGUGUUUACAAUAUACUGUGCGCGAGGCUACUGUUUCGCGGUUUCCGCGUCCCAGCUGCAACUCCGAGCCCGCUCAGGGCUGUUCAAAGCGCUACUGCUAAAGAGUCUCCCCUUUUUGGAUCACAAAGAUCACUCGAUAGGGGCGUUGGUAAGCUUCCUCUCAUCGGGUACGCCGAAAAUCGUCGGCGUCUCAGGGACAUCGCUAGGGCUUGUCGUGGAGAGCAUCGUGAUGCUCGCAACAGGUAUCACAGUCGGGUGCAUCUUCGGAUGGAAGCUAGGCAUCGCAGCAACAGCUACAGUCCCAUUAAUAGCCAUGUCCAGCUUCCUGCAGUACUACAUUGAGGCGCAAGUACAAAAGCACGUCAAGCGCGACACCGCCGCCGUAGCCAUCGCACAAGAAGCUUUCUCGGCGAUCAAAACCGUGACCGUUCUCAAUCUGCAGAGAACCGUCCUCGCAUCUUUCGAAAUAGCAAGCACUCAAGACACGCAGGGUAGGUAUUGGGCUAUGUCCGCUGCCAUAUACGCAUGCACUACAUCGCUCCGCAUACUGAGCAUUGCGUUUGUAUUCUGGUACGGCGGCACCCACCUCAUUGCCACAGGUGAGUACACCAUCCAGCAGUUCUUCAUCUGCUUCGCUGCUACAGUUUGGGGGUCCCAGUCUGCAGCGGCUCUCUUCGCGCAUGCCCCGGAUAUUGCAGGCGCACACGCUGCUGCUUCGCAGCUCACGGAGCUGGUGCAGAGUGAUAACCCGCAGACCAGUUUCGCACAACAACACAAACCCUCUCCCACCCCAGUCCCAAGCACCACCGAAUCCCUUGCACUACGACAAAUUCACUUUCGAUAUCCUACACGCCCUUCGCAGGCGGCCUUGAACGGAAUCACUCUACACGCCCCCGCCGGGGCCUUCAUUGCUCUCGUCGGGACAACCGGCUGCGGCAAAAGCUCGGUGCUCAACCUAGUAGAGCGGUUCUACGCAGCCGACGCUGGGGGAAUCAUGUUGGGGAAUCGACCCAUUGAGGACUACGACCUGGACAACUAUCGGGGAUACCUAGCGCUCGUCGACCAGAACCCGUGUCUGGUCGGCGAAGAUCUCCGCGAGUGCCUGCAGAGCGACGAACGGAUUGUCUCCGACGGCUCGAUCAUGGCAGCGUUGGAACACGUCGGAUUGGCUGAUUUUGUGGGAUCCCUUCCUCAAGGCCUGGAUACGCCUAUGUUGGGCAACGGAUCGACGCUGUCUGGGGGCCAACGCCAGCGCAUGGCCAUCGCCAAGGCUUUUCUAUGGAAUCCGAAGAUCCUUCUCCUCGACGAAGCCACUUCCGCGCUGGACAGUGCCUCGGAGCAAUUGGUCCAACGGGCACUCCAGCGGACGAUGAAGGGCCGAACCACCAUCGCCGUGGCGCAUCGGCUUAAGACGAUUGUUAAUGCCCAUGUGAUCUUGGUUUUGGAUCAUGGGCGGAUUGUUGAGAGAGGAACACAUGACGAGCUGAUGAGGCUGAGGGGGAAGUAUUGGCGGAUGGCUAGGUUGCAGCAGUUGAAUGGGGUAUAUAAUGUAUAG